AAAUGAAUGAUAAAAUUAGUUGCAGUUUCUGCGGGUCACGGUUUACUGGCAUCGUAGCCCUAUUAAGAGAAUUGCAAUGAACGUAGCGUACUGUAUGUGGAUUAGUUGUUAGGGGCUGGUGUUAGUGAUAGACUGCAUAGGUGAAAGGGAACUUAAGACAACAGAGUUGACAUUGAAAGGCAAUGACAAAUCUCAAGAAGCGUGCAAUAAAAAUACUUCUAUUGGUAUGCAUCGCCCUCGGGACCUUUCUCUGCACUUGGAAGUCACUGCUUGGAUUCACUGGAAGCAGAAGCUCUGGGCAAGCAAGAUCGCCUGAAACAAUUGAAAAUGUGCCGGGAACUGAGGAAGCGAGGAAGUUACUCAUCAACACGAGUUUUUGCACAAUUCCCGAUAUUGACCCUUAUGACGAGAGCAUCAAGCGAUUUUAUGCGAAAAAGGAUGGGCGACUUUGUCCCAACAGACCUUCGUUCAUACAGAUACUCAACCACUCCAUACCAACGCUUCUGGAAGCGAGAUUGCUGGACUUGCACGGGCUGAGUCGCAAGGAGAUCAGCUGCACUUACAGCGAGAUAUAUCGCGACGAGUCUCUGUCCGUGCCAGACGAAGAGCCGUUGUAUAAGGACACGGAACCGCUUGCCUUUGGCCUGCCUUUAACUACGGAAUAUGGCCACAUCAAAUGUUUCACUCCUCGUGGUAGGCUGUUCUACGAAGAGUUCGUCCUCGUACCCAUACUGAAGCCAACUGUUGAGGAGAGGUUGAAAAGAAUCGAGGUCAACUUCAACAAAGCGCUUCCACGGCCCAACGUCUUGGUGCUCGGAAUGGACUCGGUGUCCCGUAUUAACUUUAACCGACACUUGCCGCGAUCUGGAAAAUUUGUUCGAGAUGUUUUGAAGGGUUUCGAACUCUUCGGCUACAACAAGGUCGGCAGAAACUCGUUUCCCAAUCAGACGCCGCUUUUAACCGGGCUCUCAGCUGACGAGGCCAAAAGCAUGGCGGCGAAUGAGUACUUCGACGACCUGCCCUUCGUAUGGAAGGAAUACAAGAAGCAAGGUUACAGGACAUUGUUUCUCGAAGAAAUGCCAAAGUACGGUUUGUACACGUGCUACGGCAAAGGUUUUAAACGCUCCCCUACAGACUACUAUCCCAGGCAUGUCGUACAAGCAAUUGACAGGUCGCCUUUGAAGACGUAUAAGUCUGUUAGAUACUGCGUUGGACCCAAAUUGCCAAUGACACUAUAUUUAGAGUAUCUCCUGGGACUCAUCGAUACGUGGAAAAACCAACCAUUUUUUGCGUACGCGUGGAUGUCCGAGCUGGGACAUGAUGACCUCAACUCAGUGGGACUCAGCGACUCUCCGUUCCUGGAUUUUCUCCGUGCCCUCUACGAUCGGGGUGUCCUUAAUAACACUGUGGUCGCAUUUUUGAGCGACCACGGACUACGCAUUGGAAGCAUCCGCAAUACGUACGUCGGCUGGUACGAAGACAGCUUACCGUUCGCCUUCCUGCUCCUUCCGGACUGGUUCCUCGAAAGGUAUCCACAGUACGCUAAGGCGCUUGAAACGAAUCAGAGAAGGCUCACAACGCACUACGACAUGCACGCCACUCUGCUCCAAAUGCGUGACUUCCCCAACAUGAAAAGGACGGACACGAAGCGAGGGCUCAGUUUGUUUUACGAAGUUCCUGAGAAUCGCACCUGUGCUGCUGCGUCCAUACCGGAUCACUUGUGCACGUGCCUUCCGACAUCAACCCUUCCACGAGAUCAUCCUCUCGCGCAUCGACUUGCUAGCUUUGUCUUGAAUGAAGUGAACCACAUUGUCCACAAAGAGUUCAGAGGGAAAUGCAGGCAAUGGAGCUUAAAAGAGGUCGUCUCCGUAUAUCGCUUACAUGUUCGAGAUCAUACACAACAUGACGGAGCAACUACCCAUUACCGAAUUAACAUUGCUGCUUUUCCGGGCAGCGGACUUUUCGAAGCUGCUGUCAGCCACACCAUUGAUAGGAGCGAGUCGUCGUUCGCGAUGUCACGGGAGCCAGAUCGGCUUGACCGAUACGGGGCUUACGCUUAUUGCGUACGAGGAAAGGUGCUAGCGAAGUACUGUUACUGUAAGCAGUUUUGAAGUGCAUGUUGUUACCAUGCGUGUUGUUCACAGGUGAGAAAUUUAAUAGUCACGUUCUGGGAAAAAAAUCUGGGACCACAUCUGUGUGUUGUGAACAAGGUACGGAAUGCCAAGAGAUGUUGGUGUUGAUGUUUGCGAAAAAAUAAAACGGAGAGAUUGAUUUCCACACAGGA